AUGGCUAAAAAUAGUGAGGAGCCAAAGUUUAGUUUGAGACUUAUUGUUGAUGAAGAGAGAAACAAGGUUGUUUUGGCUGAGGCUUGUAGGGAUUUUGUUGAUGUACUCUUCAGUCUUCUGACACUACCGAUGGGAACUAUUGUCAGAUUGCUUGAGAACCAUCGAAACUCUGAGCCAAUAACUGUGGGUUGUUUCAACAAUCUCUAUAAAAGUGUUGUGGACAUGGGCAGUGAUAGUUUUGAGACUGAAGCUUGUAAGCAGAUGCUCCUUUAUCCGAUGAGUGUGAGGGAUGUUCAGAGCAAAAGGCUUAAAGUCAACAUAAACCCUACUGAGAGCAUCAAGUGUUUUAAGUGCCCUAGUUACUGUGAGUUGUACAGUAACUUCAACACCUCAAGAUGUCGUUGCGGUAAUUUAAUGAGCAAGGAGAUUGAAUUAGAAAAGAAAGAACAAGUUGCUGGCUGGAGUCAAAGUGAUGCUAAUGGAGUAUUUGUCAGUGGUAGGUGCUCAUUCAUCUUAACAGAUGACUUGAAAGUAGCAGUCAAGUCAACUGAACUUGUCUUGGAGAAGCUCAAAUCCGUAGGUUGUGCUGAUGUUAAUAAGCUUGGUGAAAGGCUUCUUGUUAUCGGUUUGGAAGAGGUACUCACUCUGCUGGAAUAUAUAUUCUCCUCAAAUGCUCCCUUGACAGACACUUUCUUGAACAAGCAAAGUCCACAAGGUGUGACGAAGAUUUGCAAAUCACUAAGUCCAUGUUUGGAGAAGAAAGGAGAGGAAGCAGAACCUGGUAAGGUAGUAACUCUGAAAGCAAUAGUGAGGAAGCAAGACGACAUAGAGAUUUUAUUUGUUGAAUGCGGAGAGGAAUUUGUUGAGCUCCUCUUCUCUUUUCUGGUUGUCCCUUUGGAAUCUGUAUGGGAAAUUUCUGGCAGCUCUAUCUCUUUAGGUUGCAUUGGAAACUUGUGUAGAAGUUUCAAGGAAUUGACUGCUAAUGAGGGGACUGAACUGUCAAACUCCAUAUGCACGCUUCCUUCUUUCUAUAGUUUCCAAAUGCAGUUGCCCGGUAUCACUACUCAACAGCCUCCAGUAUACUACCGCUACAGGCUCUAUGACAAUCAAAUAAGGUAUGGUUUGACUACAAAUGGUAAUCGAACUCCUAAUUACCGCAAGGACAGAAUAGUUCGAGCGGAUUUGAUGGAUGCCAAAUCCCCUGGCAGCGAUAAGUCUACUCAAUGUUACGGGUUCUUGAAGAAAGAGACAAAGUUUACCGUGUUAGAUGAUCUGACAAUUACAUCUAUGAACUCAUGCUCCACUAUUUCCUUACUGAAGAAGUUGCAGAGUCACGCAGACGACCUAGAGGUGAAAGAAAUCAGCAUAAGCAAUGCAGACGCUUUGAAUUUGUUAAGAGCUUCAUUGGUGACAUCCUCUGCAUUGAGCACGGCUUUUUGGAGUUUGUUUGCUGAGAAAGUGAAAGAGGAGACUGAUUUAGGGGACUCGGUUUCAAAGAAGGUGAAGGAAGAAGAGACUUGA